UUUCGAGGGAUGCGGGGGAGCACUGAGAGUAGAAGGGAUUGAGCAGUGCUUACUCAAACCCCAUCACUCACCACCCACUGGAUUCUGGGAAGUGCUCCUGUCUGAGAAAAAUCUCAUUCCAGAAAGAGGAAGAACAGCAGAGCCUGAUUUCUGUGUUGGAGCUGAAUCUCCUCUCUUUAGAGGGAGGACAGCAAGUGAGAUAUUGAUGGAGGGGUCCUCUGUGCUUCUCUGCAAGGGCUGCACCCCCUGGCAGGGGCUCCUGCUCACAGCCUUCCUUUGGAAGUGUGGGCGCCUUGGUACUUCUGCCAAGAUCACUAUCGAAUCAGUGCCUCCCAGGGUGACUGAAGGGAGAAGUGCUCUUCUCCUCGUUCACAAUCUCCCAGAGAAUAUUGAAAGCUUCUUCUGGUUCAAAGGAGCGAUUGGGGUCAAGAACCUUUUGGUUAUCCGGCAUAUACCAUAUAGGAAAUCAACUAAGUGGGGGCCUGCAUACACCGGCAGGGAGACCUUGUACAGUGAUGGAUCCUUGCUGCUCCGUGGUGUCACUCAGAAAGACCAUGGAUUGUACUUCCUACAAAUUCUGAGAAGAGAUGACGAACUUGAAGAAGCUGAGGUGCAACUCCAGGUGGACAAUUCCCUUUCUCUCUUCUGUAACCCUCUCACAUCUUCCCAACUCAUGAUCCAAGUGGUGCCUCGGUAUCCUGCUGAAGGGGAAAGAGUUCUUCUCCAAGUUCAUAAUCUUCCAGAAGAUCUGCUAAACUUUGUCUGGUACAAAUCAAAGGAUGGGACCCAAAUCCCUAAAAUUGUAGAAUAUACCAGAGCUAGGAAUUCCACAAUCUGGGGCGCUGAACACAGAAGAAGAUGGAUGGUGUACAACAAUGGAUCCCUGAUGCUCCAGAAUGUCACUGAGAAAGACUCAGGAAUGUACAUGCUAGAAGUUUCAAAGAAUGAUUCCAAAAUUGAAAAAUCAUCUGUGGAACUUUAUGUAAAGAAGAAUGUGACCCAACCCUUUGUGCAAAUCACUGACACCACAUUCGCAGGACGUAGAUCUGUCAUCUUCACGUGCAUUUCACCUGAUACUGAUAUCUUCAUCCACUGGUUCUUCAAUAACAAGAGUCUGAAGCUCACAGAGAGGAUGACUAUGUCCCCAACAAAGUGUGGACUCAAAAUAGAUCCCAUCAAAAGUGAGGAUGCUGGAGAGUAUAAGUGUGAGGUCUCCAACCAAUUCAGUUUGAAGACCAGUCUUCCAGUCUCCUGGCCAUGAUGAGUGAGUGAUCUCUCCUCUCAUGCCCACAGUAGACCCACAGAAGAAUGCUGGUAUUUCUGUGUCAAUGAGGUACAAAAUGGAGAAAAGUUACAUGAUGAAAAUGAUUAGCUACUAAUGAGCUACAGCCAUCAUGGUGACUCAUGCCUAUAAUUCUGUGAUACAUGUGUGUAAAGGGAAGGCCGGGAUUUAGAGUGAGGUUGUCUUAAAAGGAAAAUAAAGACAUCAAUAUGGUAAACAAAAAAUUCAAAGGCCUUAAGAGUUUAGCUUGUGGUUCAAAUACAUAGGGAUCUUUCAGAAUUCUUGGGAAGUAAUCUCAGGAGCCCUCGAAGUUUUGGAUGCUCUGAGUCUGCUGUGAAAAUGGUAUGAUGUUUACAUUGAGAAAAGCAUCCUCUUGUAUGCUGAAAUACAUUCCCUGUUUAACUAAUUCACCUAGGCCCAAUGCUGCCUGCACAUUAUUCAUCUAGGUGAAGUGAGAAAGAGUGACAGGAGAAGGGGUCUACCCGUGUUUCACCGUGGACAUAGUUUUGUGUUUCUUCAUGGUUCUAUCUCUGUAACUUCUGGGCUUCUAGGUAUUUUUCUGUUUCACAUUAGUCGCUGUACGAUUAUCCCCAUCAGUAUGGAGUAGUCAUGGAAUUUUUAGUAAUCUUAAAAAUGGACAGAAGUUCUCAAAAUUCACUUCUAUUAUUAAGAAUGUUACUCUUUUAAAAAUAAAAUUAAACUGAUUAGAGGUUA